GUGGUAAACACGCAUUAGGAGUGUAGGAUGAUCUAACUCUUGCACAGGUAAGACCAUCCAGGUCAUCUCCUUCCUCUCGGCGAUCAUGAAGAAGAAUGGCGACAAGCGGGACAUCGAUCGUAGGCGCAAACACGUCUCGCAUUUGCAGGACAUCAGUCCGGAAUGGAAGUCUCGACGCGUCCUUCCGCCGGCCAACGCCACAUGGCCGACUUGUCUCAUUGUCGCACCGAGCUCGGUAGUCGGGAACUGGGAAAGGGAGUUCGAGACGUGGGGCUACUUCGAGGUUGGGAUGUAUACCGGCACCAAAAAUGAGCGUAGCGAAGUGCUUCAUGACUUCAAGAUGGGUAGGCUCGACGUCCUCCUCACUUCCUUCGAAACAGCUCGGAACGACAUUGCGUUGCUUGACGAUCUUGCUUGGUCAUGCAUCAUCGUCGACGAAGUCCAUCGCUUGAAGAAUCCUCGCUCAGGGACAGCGUUGGCUUACGAUCAGUUUGCAUGCACCGUCCGCUUCGGACUUACAGGCACCGCCAUCCAGAACUCGUACUCGGAGUUUUGGACUAUUCUGAAUUGGACGAACCCUGGCAUGGUUGGGACGAAGCGACAAUGGGACAGUUACGUCACGAAGCCCUUGGGCGUCGGCCAGAGCAAAUCUGCCACCGAAGAUCAGCGAUCAAAAGCCAUUCUCGUAGCACAGGUGUUGGGGGAGAAGCUGCUCCCGCAUUUGUUCCUUAGGAGAACGAAGGAGAUUAUCAGGCAACAGUUACCGAACAAGAUAGAUGAAGUGGCAUUCUGCCCAUUGACUCCCAAGCAGAUCGAAGUGUACAAGCGUAUUCUGAACACGGAGGCCGUACAAAAUAUGAUCCGGAAGGACGAACUCUGCGACUGCGGAUCUCGCAAAAAGCGCAGAAAAUGUCAUUAUUCGUUCGAAAAGGGCGACUUGUUCAGAUACCUGACUGUACUCAUCAGGGUGUCGAACCAUCUUGCGCUUAUCUUGCCCUCUCCAACGGACUCCCCGGAACAGACCGUCCGUAAUCGUGAGCUUGCCAGGAUGGCCUUUCCAGAGGGAUCGAUUCCGAAGUAUGGGCCUGCGAUCAUGGUGCCGGACCUCUGUGGAAAGUGGCUGGUACUGGAAUCACUGCUACAUGACUGGCAUCGAGACCCUACAAACAAGGUUCUCAUAUUCACGAAGUCGGUGAAACUACUGGGCAUCCUCGAGUAUAAUCUACAGUGCCAAGGCUUGGGCUUCGUCAAGCUUGAAGGGUCUACUAGACCUCAAGAUCGCAUGCCCCUCAUUGACAGGUUCCACGAAGACCCAGACAUCUUUGUAUUCUUGAUCUCUACACUUGCCGGUGGGACGGGUCUUAACCUGACAGGAGCAAACAAAGUGGUGAUAUUCGAUCCCAAUUGGAAUCCCGCCCACGAUCUACAAGCCAUAGAUCGCGCCUAUCGAUUCGGUCAGACCCGCGACGUGGAGGUCUUCCGUCUGCUAGGUGCAGGGUCCAUUGAGGAACUGAUCUACGCGCGGCAAGUGUACAAGCAGCAGCAGAUGCAAGUCGGCUACAACGCAAGUUUCCAGACCAGGUGAGCACGCGACCCAUGGAUGCUGAGAAUGUGUACGAGCGCCAUUAGGUAUUUCGAGGGUGUCCAAGGCGACAAGGACAAGCAAGGCGAACUGUUCGGCAUCAAGAACAUUUUCACUUUGCACGAGAACAGCUUGGCCACUAAGAAGGCUGU